AUGCGCAUGUGUCUGACCGGUGACAUUGACGGAUACUAUACGGGUUUGGCUGAAGAGAACAGAGAUCAGUUCGGUCUAAAGGGAGACUUUGUCACGUCACCCGAGAUUUCCCAGAUAUUCGGCGAGCUGAUUGGCAUCUGGUUUGUUGCGGAGUGGUUGAGCCAGGGCAAGCCUAGUAAGGGCGUCGAGCUCAUGGAGGUCGGCCCCGGACGCGGCACUCUGAUGGACGAUAUGCUUCGUACUAUGCAAAACUUCAAGGGGUUUGCGCAGAGCAUCGACGCUAUCUACAUGGUUGAGGCCAGCCCUCAGCUCCGCGAGGCGCAGAAGAACCUCCUUUGCGGUCCUGACGCGCCCAUGACCGAAUCCAAAGUCGGCUAUCACAGCGUUUGCAAGCGGACCAACUUACCCAUCGUCUGGACUGAGACAAUCAAGUCUAUACCUCAAAGCCCCGAGAAGAUGCCCCUGAUCGUGGCACACGAGUUCUUUGAUGCGCUCCCCAUCCACGCCUUCCAAGCCGUGACCGUUCCCCCUUCCCCGCCCAAAGAGCCCAUACCAGGACAACCCGCCCCGAGAAACCCCCCUCCUCGUGAACCUGAAGGACCCAAGAUCGAAUGGCGCGAGAUGCUCGUCUCGCCGACCCCGCCAGACGCCACCCACGCAACCAUGAACAUACCGAAAUCAGAACAGGGCGAUCCGAUCCCCGACUUCCAAAUGACGCUUGCCACAGGCCCAACUCGCCACUCGCGUUACGUCCCCGAGACCUCAUCCCGCUACCGCCGUCUGAAGGCCACCGUCCCGGACGCCGUAGCUGAGAUCUGCCCCGACGCCUCCAUCUACGCAGCCGACUUUGCCAGCCGCAUCGGCGGCUCAAAGCAGGAUCCCAAAGUCCGGCCUUCUGGCGCGGCACUGAUCCUGGAUUACGGCACGUCUGACACCGUCCCCAUCAACUCUCUGAGAGGCAUCCGCCGCCACCGCCGCGUCAGUCCCUUCUCGGAACCCGGCCUCGUCGACUUGAGCGCUGACGUCGACUUCACCGCCAUCGCUGAGGCAGCGAUGGUCGCAAGUGAGGGUGUCGAGGUCCACGGGCCGGUCGACCAGGGCGCGUUCCUGGGUCAGAUGGGCAUCAAAGAGCGUGCUGAGGUGUUAAUCAAGCAAGUCAAAGCCAAGGCGGCCGCUGAUAAGGCGCAGGCCAUCGAGGGUGCCUGGAAGCGUCUUGUUGACCGUGGCCCCGGCGGGAUGGGUAAGGUCUACAAGGCCAUGGCCAUCUUGCCUGAGAAUGAUGGAAAGAGGCGUCCCGUCGGCUUUGGCGGCGAUGUGUAA